GCUGAGUCCAGUUUGGUCUAGCGACAGUCAGUAACCGUUCAAUAGUAUAGAGAAGCAGAGCAGCGACUACAACUCCAUUAACUGUGUUACGUUACCCAGAUGACGGAUUCAUAUUCAGACAUCAGGGCCAGUUCUGAGUGAAGAUCCAAAGACUGGAUUUAGUCAUCUUCAUCUAUUAAAUCUUCUGUCUGUGGAGGCCAGUCCAGCGUUUCAAGCUGGACAGAGGAGAGACGAGUGGGGCCGAGGGCCCAGCCUUCGUGCUGCGACACAGAACUUCAAACCUCAUUGAACAUGCAACAGAUAGCACGCCUACAGAUCCCAUGAGUCCCCGGGAGAGAGCAGACACGCCCAUCUCAGGUUCUCCAAGCACCGCACAGUGCCCCUCACACAAUGCGAGGGUCCCAGAGUGCGAUGAGGAGAGAAGAAAAAAUGAAGAGAAGGACGAAGUAAGAGAAGGAAAGGAGAAAGAAGAAGAGGAUGAGAGGAGCAGUGAUGAAGGUUUCAUGGGAAUGACUCCGCUGCUGCAGGCUCACCAUGCCAUGGAGAGAAUGGAGGAGUUUGUACACAAGGUGUGGGAGGGCCGGUGGCGCGUCAUACCUCACGACGUGCUCCCCGAUUGGCUGAAGGACAAUGACUUUCUGCUCCAUGGGCACAGGCCACCCAUGCCUUCGUUCCGCGCCUGCUUCAAGAGCAUCUUCAGAAUCCAUACAGAAACGGGAAACAUCUGGACACAUCUGCUAGGCUGUUUGUUUUUCCUCUGUUUGGGUCUGAUGUUCAUGUUCAGGCCCAACAUGUCGUUCGUGGCUCCAGUCCAGGAGAAGGUGGUGAUCGGGAUGUUUUUCCUGGGAGCUGUCCUCUGCCUCUCCUUUUCCUGGCUCUUCCACACAGUCUACUGCCACUCUGAGGGCGUCUCCAGAGUCUUCUCCAAGUUGGACUACAGUGGGAUCGCUUUCCUGAUCAUGGGCUCGUUUGUCCCCUGGUUAUACUACUCCUUCUACUGCUCCCCUCAGCCCCGCUUCAUCUACCUGAUAGUGGUGUGCAUACUGGGAUUGGCCGCCAUCACCGUUUCCCAGUGUGACUUCUUCGCCACACCGCAGUACAGAGGAGUCAGAGCAGGAGUGUUUGUGGGUCUGGGUCUGAGCGGCGUGGUUCCUACCCUGCACUUUGUCAUCAGCGAGGGUCUGAUUAAAGCGACCACAAUGGGUCAGAUGGGUUGGCUGCUGCUCAUGGCGACGCUCUACAUCACUGGAGCCUGUCUGUACGCCGCUCGCAUCCCUGAGAGGUUCUUCCCUGGCAAGUGUGACAUCUGGUUCCACUCCCACCAGCUGUUCCACAUCUUGGUGGUCGCAGGAGCCUGCGUUCAUUUCCACGGUGUCUCCAAUCUGCAGGAGUUUCGCCUCAAGGCAGGAGGGGGCUGCACCGCGGACGGCACCCUCUAACGCACACACACACUGACUCAGUCAUUUACUCACACACAAUUUAUGGGGAGGCACUGUUUUGAAUAAUGUGCACAGAGUUACACAAACAAACACACACACAAAACCUAAGACAUGCACACACGCUCUCCCACUAAACUGAAGACCGACGUGGCUUGUCUGGUGUGUGUCUGUGUGCGUAAUACACAGAAUGGCCUCUCUAAAACUGACUGACAGGGGUUUUUGUUCUCUUUCUGUCCCUCUGUCUGUCUAUCUGUCCACCCCCACCUCUUCUGGCUCUGUUGCUUCGAUUAUAAAACAAGAUGUGUGUUUUAUAAACCCGUUUUUGAGACUCUUUCCAGAAAGUAUCUCUGUUUGUUUGGGAGGGAGGUGAGGCAUUCAAAACCUCCCUUCAAUCAUGCUACAUUUUCUUCUGUGUUGAGUUCUGACUGUUUAAUGGUUGAAUUUGAAAAGGAAGCAUAAUUGUGGCUUUAAAAAAAAUACAUUUUGUGGUGUGUUUUUUUUGCUAAAUGCUGUUUUCUAAUUCACACUUUAGAGCAUUGAAAUAUGAAAAAAGAAAAAUAACUGAGUGGAUUUCUUUCAUGAUUGUGAAGGUUGCAGGGAGAUGUUGGGAAUUGGGGUGGGCAGUCACUUUUAAAAGUAAAAAAAAAAGAAAACCUUUUCCAUGUAAAUAAGAUUUCUAAAUUUGGGGUUAUAGAUUUCUAUGAAAUAUAUAUAUGAAAAAAGAAAAAAAUGUUAUGACAUGAUGGCAAGAAGAAAUAAAUAUGUUAGAUGAUGAAGGAGAGGUCUUAUAUACACUUUCUCUAGCAGUGAGGUGCAAUGGUGAGAAUAAUACAAUAAUUCUGUGGUUGGAGGGAAUCGCUUCAAACAACUUCAUGUAGUGUGUAUAUGCGAUGAUGACAGGUGGAAGCAAGGAGGAAAUAUACAACACAACAUUUGAAUCUUAUCAAACAAAUGGCGACUUCAAAACUCGCUGGUAUUUUUGCCUUCAGUGCAGGUGGGAAGUGACAACUCAGAGUCACUUUUCUGAUCUAAAAACCUUGAAAUAUAAACGAGGAGACAGCAGAACAACGGUUCUCUACUCAGUUUUGUUCCACUUUUGUGUUGACCCUGCGCCCUUGUGUUUGUCACAGACCUGGUGCACAGAUCUCAAAUCAGGCCUCACGAAAAAAAAGUUCUCAUGUGAACAUUUGUGCUUAAAAACCAAAUCUAAAGUCAAAACUAUGAUAUAUAAAAGAGUCCUCUUGAUAUGUAGCCAUUUUCAUUCAUCUUUUUACUGUAAAUUAUCUGAUAUGUCUGAAUAUAAAACCAAUUUCCUUGUCACCAAUAUAAGUUUAUUCUUUUCUAUGACAUGCCCUUACAUGAUUUGUUAAAAAUCAUAUUUUUUUUUACACAAGGAUAACUUGAAGAUAUUUUUUUAAUAAACAAGGCCCCAGAGUCAUAUAUAUAUAAUUUUGGUCAAACUGCAGUAUUAUUACAGUACAGAUGCAGUUCAUUGUAGUCCUCCUCCUUUGGCUACUCUGUCUGAAAACAUGUUUUUCUUUUUGAUUGGAUUGCAUUUCACUUUAUCCACUGCUGGUUUUGGUAUUAUUAUUGCGAGCUUUAAUUUCUUUUUUUCUUUUCUAUUAUUUAUCACUGGUUUCUCUUAUUUAUCCAGAGAUCAUGUGAUGUUAGGAAAGAGGCCCUGAGUACCAUGUCUGUCUUGUCCUAGCAAAUAAAGAAGUAUCCUGUAAAGAUAUGAUAAAGUUAACUACAUUAAGGACACAUGACCUGCCUCCGAUAUGGAGACUUUACUUGGAGAUUAAAACAAAAGGGGAACUUUCUGGCAAUACCAAAAUCUCGCUCCACAACGGAAACACUUAAAUUGUGAGCUUAUCAUAAACUGUAUGUCUAUGAUUGUUUGAAAUUUAAGUUUGCAAGUUUCUAUUUGAUGGCAGCUUUUUCUGAACAAGAUUUUGAACACAAUUUCUCAGUUUUUCUUCAUUCUCUGUUUUUAUUUGAUGUAGUUUAUAUUAAUUUAUUUCUCUUGGGGAGCAAAUAUUGUCUGUUGAAGCACACGUUCUGUUCUGAUGGGAGUGUUUGAUUGCAAUAGACCUUUAUAUCUGCUGUAUUGUUCUAAUAAAAAGGUUUUUUUCCGAAUCUG